UGUUCAGCUAUAGCCAUACUGAGUUACACUAUCACAUUCGUUCAUAACUGGUUUACUCAUGAACCGUGUACUGUGUCGUAGUGCCAUAACUCUUUUGCGUUUGCGAUUGCCAAUGGCUAGAAACGCAUCCACCUACCUAAUAGACGAUCCUAAAUAUUCCUUUUUAAAGGAUUUAGGUUUGGAAAAGAACAAUGUAGGUGUGUUCAAUGGAAAAUGGAAGGCGAAUGGUCAGGUAAUCCAAUCUUAUAGUCCGGCAAAUGGAAAAAUUAUCGCUGAAGUGCAAUCGGCUAGUCAGGCUGACUACGAGUCUUGUGCUACAGCUGCUCAAGAUGCGUGGCAUGCUUGGUCAGAAAUGCCAGCUCCUGCGAGAGGAGAGAUCGUUAGGCAAAUUGGUGAUGCGCUCAGAGAAAAAUUACAACCGCUCGGACAAUUAGUUUCUUUAGAAAUGGGAAAGAUUCUACCCGAGGCCAUCGGAGAAGUUAUUGAAUAUAUUCACGUUUGUGACUUAGCACUCGGCUUAUCUCGCACAUUACCUGGGACUAUCUUUCCUUCGGAGCGUCCAGGACACGUGCUUAUCGAGAAAUGGAACCCUCUGGGCGCUAUUGGCAUAAUUACUGCAUUCAACUUUCCAGUUGCCGUUUUCGGAUGGAACAGCGCUAUCGCUAUGGUCUGUGGAGACGUCAGCGUAUGGAAACCAUCAGACACCACUCCCCUCACCGCAGUGGCAGUCACUAAGAUAGUCGAGAGCGUACUCGUCAAGAACAACAUCCCUGGGGCGGUGGCGGCGCUCUGUGUCGGUGGGAAGGACGUUGGACAGACGCUCGUGCGCGACCACAGGAUGAAACUUGUGUCGUUUACUGGAAGUACGGCCGUGGGACAGGAGGUAGGUGUGGAGGUGCAGAGACGUUUCGGCCGUCACCUGCUGGAGCUAGGAGGCAACAACGCAAUCAUAGUGAACUCAGACGCCAACGUGGAGCUGUUGCUAAACGCGGCGCUUUUCGCAUGCGCGGGCACGGCUGGCCAGCGCUGCACCACCACGCGCCGUUUGCUCAUACAUGAGCGACUAUUCCCUGAAGUAGUAUCAAGAUUGAAGAAGGCAUACGCGAGUGUGCUGCCUAAGAUUGGUGAUCCCCUGCUGAAUGAGACGUUGAUUGGUCCGCUGCAUACGCCGGCCGCUGUCGAAGCCUAUAAGAGAACAGUCGCUGAAGCCGUCAAGCAAGGAGGAACCAUUGAGUUCGGAGGAAAGGUUAUUGAGCGCGAAGGAUACUUCGUGGAGCCAACAAUAAUUACGGGAUUGCCCCACGACUCCCCGCUGGUAAAGUCAGAAUGUUUUGCGCCUAUCGUGUACUGCAUCAAGAUCCCUGACCUGGAUACUGGUAUUCAGUACAACAAUGAAGUCGACCAGGGCCUAUCCUCUAGUCUUUUCACUGAAAAUUUGGCGGAUGUAUUUAAGUGGAUCGGACCCCAUGGGUCGGAUUGCGGCAUCGUAAACGUGAACAUCCCGACAAAUGGCGCCGAGGUGGGCGGAGCAUUUGGCGGGGAGAAGGCUACAGGCGGCGGGCGAGAGUGUGGCUCCGACAGCUGGAAGAACUACAUGCGCCGUUCUACCGUCACUAUCAACUACUCCGGCACCAUCAAGCUUGCUCAGAACAUUCAGUUUGGAGAUUAGUGAUAUUAUAUUUUGUGUUUACUUUUCCUCAAGUGUAAUUCUAAAACGAGAGAUCGAUGUGGGACAAUAUAUUGACUUAAUUCUUUAAGUUUAAAGAUAUUUUUUGUUCCAAUGAGUAUUUGCAGCAUUUGAUAUUAAUAUAUGAAGCUUAUUUAGUUAAUCAUAUUAGAUUGAAGCUCGACUGAAAGCUAGGUGAAG